UGACAGAAUAAAAUGGAAAAUACAGACAGUAUAUCAAUUUCACAGGUGUUCCUUAACUUCUUAAUGACAAACAUUUAUGAAAACACUUCAAAAUCAGACAAUAUCUGACAGUCUACAUCUGUAAGUUCCUUUUUUAAGGUGACACAGAAUCCAUUAAAGGGAUACUUCACCCAAAAAAUUCUGUCAUUUAUUUACAGUGGUGUCGAUUCAAACCUGUAUGACUUUUUUCUUCUGCAGAACACAAAAGAAGAUAUUUUAAAUAAUGUAGGGAACCAAGCUGUUUUGGUGACCAUUGACUUACAUUAUAUGGUCAUAAAACAAACAACAGCAAAAACAACAUGAGGGUGAAUAAAAAAAUGACAGAAUUUUUAUAUUUUUAGAACAAUCCCUUUAAGUUUUGAUUAUUGUUUUUAAGAAUACAAUAAGAAUGGUAACUGUUAAACUGUGUGUAAACAAUUUUUCUCAUUUCACUGUUUUCUGAAGAAACUGUUUUAUAGCCUUGUUUGCCUUAAUUCUUCAGCUAAGUACCUCUGAAUGCUGUACUGAGAUUCUCUCUUUGGAUAAGUGCUUCUCUUUCUCUCGUCAGUGCAGAUGUCAGGGCUCUCAAAAACCUAAAUCCUGCUAACAGCCUUUAUCCCAGACCAUGUGUCAGUUUCUUUUAACUGAACCUUAACUUGUUAGCACUUGCAAAGCUUUCAUAUAAGGAUUAAACCAUCUUGCAUGCCAUAGACACAAUGUUUCUGUUUCAGUUCUGUCUGAUUUUAGUUGUUUUACUUGGGAAAAAACCCCAAAACAAAACACUGAAUUAAUGCUUUUGAUGAUUUGGAUGCUUUUCAGUGAAUAUGUUUUAUCUAUAGUGACUAACAGCACAUUAUGUGGGAUAUUUAAUUGUUGAAUUGCACAUUUGCUCAUCAUCAACAGCUUGAGGUUAAAGUCUACCUCUACGUAGAUGCUCCAUUCCUUGACCAUUAGGCCAUUGUUAACUUCACAUAGGCUACUGAAAACUUUUGUUGUAUCAAGUGCAGAAUAUCAUUGACGCAGCCAUUCUAUAUCUCAAGCUUGCAUGCAAUUAUGCUUGUUGUUUUUCCUCACCUGGUCAUCUGCCUUAUUACCCACAACAUGAGUUUAUCUCUGCCAAUACAGCUGAUACAACACAGUCUGUGGCAUAAAUUGGGUCUUUGUCCCCAGCAUCAGUAACAGCAAACUUCAUAAGUUAGCCUACAUAGCAUAUAUAAAAGCACACAUAAUCACUUGGUUUAAUGAAGUGAUUUUGUUAGCUUACAGUGUCAUAGCUAAUGUUUCCUGACUGUUGUCUUCACGCACUUUCUAGAUUUAUUUACACCAAUAUCUGCGGUCUUUGAUACUUUAUUUAUGAGGUCUUUUAAAAGACAUUAUAAGUGAUGCAUUGUGGUUAUGGCUCAAUGAAAGGGUUCUGCGGCACGCGUCACUCAUUACCAUAACAACAGCUCGUGAGCAAAGCACACAGCCACAGGUCACAACUUCUGCUGAAUAAAGGAAUAGCCUAAGAAGAGAAAAUUCCCUUCACUUCGCAUAACACUGAAUGACAUUAGCCUGUAGCUACAAUAAUCUUUACUAUUCCAUAUUCCUUACUUUCAUAUUAAUCACAGCUAAUAGGCCUGCUGUGGAAAAUAGUGAACAGGCACGGAAAUAUUAUACGUUAUAUGAGUGGAACGGCUGCAAGUGUUCUACCGACCGCAACAGAUGCCGGUUGGGUGAGUUCGGGCGGUUUGUGGCGGACAAUAAGUGACCAUGUGCCGCAUGUUAACAUACAGCUGUUGGAGCUGACCCACACAAAAGCGUCAUCAUGAUAUUUCCCCACCCAUCCUCCAGAGCAGCCUGCGCGUCUCUGCAUACUUCACAACAAAAGACACACACACACACACACACAGAUAUUAUGGCCUCCCCCUGCCCGCACGCGCCAGAGCGAACACACAGUCCAAGGUUGAGUGUGUGUGUGUGUGUGUGUGUGUUUGGGUGCAGAGGAAAUAAUUAAAAACUGAAACAUGCUCUCGAUGUAAAAGUAGGCCUAUACACUAUACCACUCAGGAGCCAUAGAAAGUGGAUACAACAGUAGGAAACAUAUAUGUUUACUAAAUAGCAUAAUAUUUUAAUAAAACAGAAACAUGUUUAAUAAAAAAUUGUUUUUCCAUUGUUAAAACAUUUGGCAAAAUAUCUCCAGUGAUUUAGACGUUGGUCCUGUAAGUUUUAUAACUUUUUUUAUUUUGUAACUUCCUUUAUUAAAGAUCAUAACUACAAUUCGUGCUCGCAUUCUAAGGGAUGUAAUAGCAUGAAAUGGCAAAAUUGCACCUCAUAGAAUUUUUGGUACAACGAAUAAUAGAAUUUCUGUUUGCUUUUUUAAAUUAUAAACCAUAUUCUACCUUCUACCUAGGACAAACUUUAAGUAAACAAACCAAAUCUAAAUCACUAGUUAUUACAAUAGGCUAUUCUAUAAUUAUAGUUCAAGUCAGCUAGUGCGAAUAAUUAACAAAUUCUGAAAUUCGACUGACAAUUGCUGAAUUUACUUUUAUUAUUUCACAAAAUAAUAUUCAUCAAGUUUUCUUACUGCUGUGCCCAUCUGCUCUACAUCACUGGAAAAAAAAAAUCUGUUUUGAUACAGACUGCAGUAUGGCUAACUUCAACCUUAACUCCAUCAGCACCACUGCCACACGCAGCAGAUCAAUUUAAUCAGGCCAAUAUUAUGCCAUAUGUCCCCUCUGACGUCACGUGAAGGGGGGCAAGACGUAUAUAACGGCGUCCAUUCAUCAAGACAUUCAAUGAAGUUAAACCACACGCGCUGAAGAACGGAGACGACGAGUGUGCUUUUCCUCUGAAGACAGUGGACUUUCAUGGACGUGCCGCAGAUUUCGUACAAGGACAUCUAACUGUUUUUUUCUUUAACUCGAAACACUUUAAAGCUUCGGAUGAAGAUACCUGCGCGUUAUUGUAAUAAAGUUUAGGAUUAACUGAGCGAGAUGGCGCAUCUGUCUUUGUACUGCCUGCUGUCUGUGUCGCUUUUGCAGUUGGUGGUUUCAUCGGGUGUAUUUGAAUUGAAAGUUCACUCGUUCAGCACGACACGGCGCUUCUGCAGGAGGACGAGAGACUGCAACAUCUUUUUCAGGAUUUGUCUCAAGCAUUCUGAGGACGUCAUCUCCGCCGAACCUCCGUGCACCUUCGGAACUGGGCAGACGAGUGUCCUGCGAGCAGACCAGAGCUCUAUCGCCGGCAGCGCAGCCAUCCGGGUGCCUUUCCACUUCAAGUGGCCGGGGACAUUUUCUCUUAUUAUUGAGGCAUGGAAUGCAGAGUCUCCCAAAGAGCAUCAUGAUUACACAGAGAAUCAAAACAACCUGAUCAGUCGUUUAGCAACACGAAGGCGCUUGGCGAUUGGGGAAGACUGGUCUCAGGAUGUUCAUUUCGGUGAUCAGAGCGAGCUCCGUUACUCAUAUCACGUUUUCUGUGAUGAGUUUUACUAUGGCGAGGCGUGUUCGGAUUACUGCCGUCCCCGUGACGACACACUGGGACACUACACCUGCGAUGAGAACGGGAACAGGGAAUGCCUGGAGGGAUGGCAUGGAGACUACUGCUCUGAUCCCAUCUGCUCUUCGGACUGCAGCGAGCGUCACGGUUACUGCGAGUCACCCGGUGAGUGUAAGUGUCGUCUGGGAUGGCAGGGGCCAUCCUGCAGCGAGUGUGUGCAUUACCCAGGAUGCCUGCAUGGGACCUGCUCACAGCCGUGGCAGUGUGUGUGUAAGGAGGGCUGGGGAGGCCUCUUUUGUAACCAGGACCUCAACUACUGCACAAACCACAAACCCUGUGCUAAUGGCGCCACCUGCACCAACACCGGACAGGGCAGUUACACUUGCACCUGCCGGCCAGGAUAUGGGGGCACAAACUGUGAGCUGGAGAUUAACGAGUGUGACUGCAACCCCUGCAAGAAUGGUGGCAGUUGCAACGAUUUGGAGAAUGAUUACUCCUGCACAUGUCCUCAGGGGUUCUAUGGGAAGAACUGUGAGAUUAUUGCGAUGACAUGCGCGGAUGAUCCCUGCUUUAACGGAGGGACGUGUGAGGAGAAAUUCACCGGUGGCUACGUCUGCCGCUGCCCCCCAGCCUUUACCGGAUCCAACUGUGAGAAGAGACUGGACCGCUGCAGCCACAAACCAUGUGCCAACGGUGGUGAGUGUGUGGAUCUGGGUGCCAGUGCUCUGUGUCGCUGUCGCCCUGGUUUCACCGGCCCUCGCUGCGAGACAAACAUCGACGACUGUGCCCGCUAUCCAUGUCAAAAUGCCGGAACCUGCCAAGAUGGCAUUAAUGAUUACACCUGCACCUGUACUCUAGGAUUUACCGGUAAAAACUGCAGCCUCAGAGCAGACGCUUGUCUCACGAACCCAUGCCUUCACGGCGGAACAUGCUACACUCACUUCUCGGGGCCAGUGUGUCAGUGUGUGCCUGGGUUCAUGGGUCCAACCUGCGAGUUUCCUGUGCAGGGAGGUCUGGAGAUGAUGGCCCCCCGGGUUGGGAAGACCUCGCCUUCAGCGGUGGCGGUGUCAUGUGUGUUAGGUGUGCUGGCUGUGUUUUUGGGAGUGUGUGUGGGACUGGUGGUGAUCAGGAGGAGGAGGCAUAGACUGCGCAGACAGCAGCUGUGCGAUUCUGUGUUUAAUGAUUUGGAGACUGUUAAUAAUUUAGACAGGCAGCACUAUCCCUAUGACCGAGACUUCAGUCAGGUGAAACCCAGCAACACUGAGGGCCGAGUCUCAUUGGCGGCCUCUCACACACUGCCUGCCGGGCAGGACUUCCUGUGGAGUGCCGGAGGAGGGCUUAGAUGAGACAUUUACACAUGUACAUGUGUGUAAAUCACAGCACACAAACACAUGCAUACACUGAUGUAGACACGUGAGCAUAUACAUGGACACACAAACUCACAAGCAGGGAUGAGAAUUUGGAUGUAGCACUUGCUUUUGUCUUAAUUUUUAUGAAUGAAUGAAUGUAUGAAUGAACAAACGAAUGAACGAACGAAUGAAGUAUGUAUUAGCUGAAUAAGGGAUUGGACCUUUGCCAUCUGUAAAGGUGGAAGACUGUGUAAACCAAAAACUAAACAAACACUCACACUACUGUGUGCUGGGCUCUGUGAAUCUGUUUCCAUAUGAAGACAGGCACAAGCGCUGAAAGCUGAAACAGACUUAGGUUACAUAACUCUAUAUGAGGAGAACUGAUAUCUUUAUACAAAGAUAAAGAAGUGAAAAAUAACUCUAUACAAAGAGAACUAAGUAAGGAAAUACCUCUAUUGAAAGAGAAUGAAGUAAGUUAAAUUGAAAAGCAUUAAGGUUGGGUGCUUUCUGUUCAAACUCUGGGCUCUGUAUAAGACCGAUGAAAACAAUAACUUUUUUUUUUUAUCUCAUAAGGAUGAGAAUAUCACCUUUGUUUAUUUGUCGGGAUGUUACCAGCAACAGAUGUUUCAAUAAAAAAUAAAAAACUUAAAAAAGAGAAAGGAGGGAAGCAGAACACAGUCAGGAAUAUGUAUCAAACUAUGUACUUCAGACCAAAUGGGAAGAUUUUGCUCCAGUUUUGUAUUGCGUAUUAAGCAGUGUGUUUUCUUCCUCGAAUGAUAUGGGGAAAUAUGUGUCAUUGGUUCUUAUGUUAAAUUACAUAAAAUCAGAUUUUCUUCAGUGGGGUUUGUCUAAUGAAUGUUUAUUUCUUUUUCCAGAUGUUUCCUAUUAAUUUAAACCUAAGUUUAUGCCUAAGUUUCUAUUUUGCAUUUUUGUACUUUUGCUUUCAAUCAUUGUCUUGUCUUUGUAAAGAUUUUAUGUUAAUUUAUUUUGUAUAUGAGUUUGUUACUUUAAUGAAAUAAUAAAAUAAAUUAUAUGAGACAACACCUAAUUCA